AUGAAUAGAAUGCAUGUUUUGAAAUCAAGAAGAACGGAAAAGGGUAACCAAGAAACUUUGCUACUACCUGGGUUACAAGAAGAUUUUGUAUGUUUUAUUGCUGCUGAUUCAGAGUCAAAUAGAGGAAGCGAAAAUGAUAUGUCUACUGACGAGUCUGAUACCGAACAUGGUGAUGAUAGUACAACGUCUAAUGUAAUCGGCGGAUUUACGGCUGUUAGAGCUGGGUUACAAGAGAACGGAGGCAAGGCUAACCAUUCUGUUAAUGAUGGUGCUGGACCCUAUCUGUUUCAAAUGUGUGGAGAAAAUUAUCACCGUAUUGGUGAUAUUUUGCCAGAACCGGGAAAAACACCUAUGUUCUUACAGCUAUAUAUUCAUGAUAUACAAAAUGAGGUUUCUAAUAGAAUAAAUGCAUACGGGAGAUCUGCAUCGAUAGAAAAUUUGAGGCCCUCGACUGUAGAGCUAAUCAAGAAGAUGCUUGAUAAUCAUAAUCCGCACGUCCGGGCUUUUAGGUCGGCAAGAGAGAGGUUCAAUAUGGAUUACGGUGUGGAAGAUUUAAAAUUACGUUUGCCUUCGGAUAGAGCUUCUGAUGCGAGGACUCAUAAUCUACCUACUUGCAAUUAG